AUGGCGGAUAUAGUAAUAUUGUGUAGAUCGUCUGACGCUCUGCCCCUGGUGGAAAUAUGGAACGAGGGGAACCUAAAUCUUAACAUGAACACACAACAGAGGAAAAAGGUAGACCUACAGACAAUAAAAAUGAAUUCGCGCAUGAUUUGUAAAAAUUUGUCCUCUAAAGAAACUAAAUGUUCUGUCCUAGAAGGGGAAAUGUCAUACCAUUACAUAGUGGAGGAGGGAGUAUGUUAUAUGUGCAUAGCACCCUCGGAACAGCCUAAAAAAAUAUUAUUCCUGUUUUUAGCGCAGAUUUGCCAGGCGUUCACGGAGGAAGUUAUGAAGCAAUUCAGCUCGACCCAUGUUACGUUCACAUCGGCAAUAGCAAGUAUAAAGAAGCCAUACCAUUUCAUAUCAUUCGAUCGUAGAAUAUAUAAAAUAAAGAAUGAGUUCAAAAACCCGGAUUCGGUGAAAUCAUUGAAUAUGAUAAACAGCAGCCUGAGUGAAGUGACGAACAUAAUGAAGAAAAACAUAGACGAAAUAUUGUCGAGAGGAGAAAACCUAGAAGAUAUCGGAAGGAUGGCAGACGGACUGAAGCAACAAACACAAAAGUUCAGAUUCGCAUCGAAAAAAUUGAAUCGAGAUUACAUGGUCAGAAAAUAUACAACGGUUGGAAUAGCAUUGUUUGUAAUAGUACUUCUCCUGUACCUUGUGCUACACAAGGUUAGAACGUAA